AUGGAUUGUGGUACUAUUGAAGAUGAAGGUAUCAGGGUUGACAACCUUGAUGAUGAUGACAACGCAUGUUGUUGGGAGCCUGCAACAGGGAUGUGUUUUUCUUGCUUAGAAGAAGUCAAAUCAUUUUAUGAAGAGUAUGCUUCGAGAAAGGGUUUUGGGUGGAAGAUUAGAUCUUCAAGAAAAGGGCAAGAUGGGGAGCCCUGCUACUUAAUUUUAUCAUGCUCAAGAAAGGGGUCUAAAGUGUCAAAAAUUUCGUGUACGUUAAAAACACUUCCAACUAAGGUAAAUAAUUGUCCUGCCAAGAUUGUUAUUAAGUUGGAUAAAGAUGGAUUAUGGUACAUUACAAAAUUUGAACCUGGUCAUACUCACGAGACGAGUCCUACAAAGGCAAGGUUGUUCAAAGCUAACAAGAAAAUGAAUUUGCAUGUAAAGAGAACAAUACAAAUCAAUGAUGAUGCAGGAGUGAGGAUCAACAAGACAUUUCAAUCUCUUGUUAAAGAUGCAGGAGGACAUGAAAACGUACCAUUUUGUGAAAGAGACGUGAGGAAUUAUGUUAACAAGGAACGACGCGCAAUAGGAAAAGAAGGUGAUGGAAAAGCCUUGAUAAGCUAUUUUUGCCAAAUUAGGGAACAAAAUUCAGAUUUCUUCUAUGACAUAGAUUUGGAUGAUGAUUUUCACGUAAGGAAUGUGUUUUGGGCUGACGCAAGAAGUAGAGCUGCUUAUGAAUACUUUGGAGAUGUUGAGAACAAUACUGAAAUAGUGAGAAAUCAUAAUGAAAGUAACAUCUGCAUAGAAUCAUCUAUUGAAGCUAUCGAAAGUAACACAUUGGUUGGAGGUAAUACAUCAUUCUUGGAUCUUUUGUCACAAUUCAGCACAACUAUGUGA